AUGGACACGCACUCCAUCGAAAACCGAGCAAACGUUGCCCUCGAGUAUGUGAGGAAGUGGGGUAUCGAGAACAAGCUCAACUUCGCGCCACAAAAAACCAAAGCGAUGGUCCUGACGCGAAGGUUGAAGUUCGAUACCCCAAGAAUAAGAAUGAAUGGACAGGAAAUAGCAUUAGAAAAGGAAAUUAAAUUACUGGGGUUGACUAUAGAUGAAGGGCUAACGUUUAACAAGCAUGUGCAAAAUGUCACAAGAAAAGCGGCGGAUAUUCAUAAAAAAGUAGCUAGAAUGGCGAAGCUGGAAUGGGGAAUGACGGGAGACAUGGUACACCAGGUAUACCAAGCCGUCAUAGAGCCGAUAGUUACGUACGCGUCGGCAGCCUGGGCACCGACAGUAAAGAAACUGUGCACGAAGAAAAAACUGGAGACGGUGCAGAGGGCUUUUGCACAGAAAAUAGCAAAGACCUACAGGACAGCAUCGCUAAAUUCCGCGACGCUAUUGGCGGGGAUACUGCCCCUAGACCUCAGGAUGGAAGAAGCCGCCGCGAUGUUUGAGGCCAGAAGGGGGUCGUCUCCGUUCAUACGCGAAGGAGACCGGAUUGAGCGAGCCGUACCUGCUUUAGAACAACCCCAUCCCGCGGAAAAACCGGAAAUAAGCUUCGCCAUCACAACUGACCCUGGCCUAAUACAAAAUGACGACACAACAGCUAUCUACACAGACGGUAGUAAGACGGAGAAAGGAGUAGGGGCAGCAUGGACGAAAUGGGAAGGAGGAAGAGAGCGAAAAUGGAAAAAGAUAAAGAUGGCCCCUUACUGCACCGUAUAUCAAGCAGAGCUGGCGGCUCUCGUCGGUGCAGUGAGGGAGGCGAUGAUAGCGGGUACUGACGUGAACAUCUGCAGCGACUCGCGGUCUUCGCUCGAGGCGAUUGCGGGCGGACGCUCUCGAAACCCCCGAGUCGUCGAGAUCCGCAGACACCUGGUGGAGAGCCUUAAAAAGGGCCAGAAUAUUAAGCUCCACUGGGUGAAAGCGCACGUCGGCACGGAGGGGAAUGAGAGGGCGGACGGCGAAAGUCAAAGCAGCUCACGUAGAGUACCCGCUCUCAUACAUCAGGAAAGAAGUGAGAAGAAAAACUAUAGAAGAAUGGGAUCGAAGAUAUAA